AUGUCAAACUUGAUCCUCAUUUCGUUAUCUCUCUUUUGUCUUCCAUCAUCAGGAUUUCUCAGAAAUACGCCCACAAAACUCAACAAUCAAAGAAUAGAGACAGCAACGUCGAUUGGAAAGGAUGAUUCAAACGGAGACAAGAGCGAACUUUUGAGAGAUCUUGACAAGAGCUUCGAAUAUGAGGGAAGACUUCCAAUGCGAGACAACUUCCGAUGUGGCUUCGCCAGUAUACUGGGAGCUCCCAAUAUGGGAAAGAGUACGCUGCUGAAUGCUUUGUUGAAAGAAGAUUUGUGUAUUGCCACUCGGCGGCCUCAAACAACACGUCACGCUAUUCUGGGCGUAUUGACAACAGCUGAGGCUCAACUAUGUUUGAUUGACACACCUGGAAUCAUCGAAAAUCCUGCCUACAAGCUCCAAGAGGGUAUGAUGGAAGCAGUCAUGACAGCAUUUUAUGACUCGGAUGUUUUGAUGGUCGUAACAGAUUUGUUCAGCAGCCCAAUUCCUGAUGAUGAAAUCUUUCAAAAAGUGAAGAAAAGUAGAGCGCCCAUUGUGGUAGCAAUCAACAAAAUCGAUCUUGUCGGAAAAGCCAACCGAAAUUCAGAUGAAAGCGAAGAGGAGGGUCGAACGUAUACCGUCCCAGAAGCUGUGGCCAAGUGGAGAUCACUACUGCCAGACGCUCUUGCAAUAAUCCCAGUGGCUGCUUCUGAGGGACCAGAGAACGAAGGGGUCAACUUGCUGCGCCAACUGCUGCUCGGAGGGGAAGAUAUAUCUGCUGCCAUUCGAAAGCUAGGGCGACCGGUACCCGGCAUGUUUCAAGACGGCGUCCAAUUCAUAUCGGAUGACCAGGCCAAGUCACUUUUACCACCAGGGCCUCCGUUAUAUGAGGAAGACAUACUAACAGACAGAUCCGAAAGGUUCUUUGUUUCUGAGCUCAUUCGAGAAUCGAUAUUUGAAACGCUCAAGAAGGAGCUACCCUAUUGCUGCGAAGUCAGAAUUGAUGAAUUCAAAGAACCAAAGGAAAGUGAAAAGAAAAAGGUCAAUCGAAUCAAGGCGACAGUCUACGUCGAACGGGAGAGCCAGAAGCAAAUUGUCAUUGGACGAGGAGGGGAACAAGUCAAGGCUGUCGGUGUCCUAGCGCGAGAUAAGAUUGAAAAGUUUUUGCAAGAAAAAGUAUUCCUGGAGCUAUUUGUGAAAGUGAACAAGGAUUGGAGAAAGAAUGAGGACCGCUUAAUCGAGUUCGGAUACAUGAGCAAGAAAUAG